AUGGCUAGUGCAUCUUCUGUUGAUGCAUCACCUUCGGUUCCACAACAGAACACUGCACCUUGUGGUUUGUUUAAACCCACUGGAGAUAACAUUGAUAUUGCAUGGCAAUGGAAUAGCUUGAAGGACCCCAAUAACAGGAGAUUCGUAACUUGUGAUUAUUGCCUGCAAACUACAAAUGGAGGAAUAACUAGAGCCAAAAGACAUCAGAUUGGUUUGAGAGGAGAUGUUCAGGCAUGUAGAAAAAUUCCAGCUGAUGUUAAAAAAAUACUGAAGGAUGCAUAUAUGCUGAAACAAGCUGAAAAAGAUGCUAAUAUGGUUGAUCUUGAUGUCAAUCAAGAUGAUGAUGUAGAAGAGCUGGUUGAAAUUCAUAAUAUCAAAACUGGAAAAAGAAAAAGAGCUGGAAGUGAUGUCUCUACCCCUGCUACAAAGGCUGUGAAAGGUCCUUUAGAUUUGCAUUUUUUUAAAAGGCCUAGCAUAAAGUUGGACAAAAAGCAAACAAGCAUAAAUAAUGCUUGUGACAAAGAGGCAAUGGCAAGAACCAUUCAGUAUAUAGAAAGAUUUUUGUGUACAAAUGGAUUACCAUUUAAUGUUGUACGCUCAAGAAGCUUUAAGCUAAUGAUUGAGGCUGUUGGAAACUAUGGUCCACACUUGAAGCCACCAAGCUACCAUGAGUGCAGAGUUCCUCUUCUUAAAAAAGAGAUGGAGUAUACAAAAGAGUUAUUAAAGGAUCAUGAGGUACAACGAGCCACUUAUGGAUGUUCGAUUAUGUCGGAUGGGUGGACGGAUAGAAAGAAUAGGACCUUGAUUAAUUUCUUGGUCAAUUGUCCAUCAGGGACCAUGUUCAUGAAGAGUGUUGAUGCUUCAUCUUAUGUUAAGACUGGGGAAAAAAUAUUUGAGCUUUUGAACACGUUUGUUGAAGAGAUUGGAGAAAAGAAUGUUAUUUAA